CAAGCCGGGGUGAUGUCAAGAGAGCUAAACGCAAUCAAAAGUUGAAACCAAGUUGAAACGUCAAAAAUCAACACAAAAAGGAGCAUAAAUUUGGUCGGCUGCACUUGGUUUUUGUCUUAAAUAUUCAAUUUUAUGACACUGUGAUUUUGAAUCUAACAAGCAACAAUGCGAAUAACAAACUUGAGACGUGGUAGAAUAUUUCGUACGGCCGGAAUAUGUGUUGUUCUGUUAGUUUUAAUUUACGCUUUGCAUAGUUAUUCUAGUUCAAAUGCCGAGGACUCUUCAAAUACAAUACUUUCGAAUGAUCUUCCUACUUAUUACAAGUUCCACAGAGAUGUGUAUCCUACAAUAAAAACCGAGUUGGGCAACUUUGAGCCUAAAACCAGAGUGUCAGUGAAAGGGCCGGGUGAGGAUGGUCUGCCGUACCACAUGUCGCAAGAUCGCGCCAACGACAUCGCUGACUCGGAGAGCAAAUACGGCAUGAACAUUGCUGCCUCGGAUGACAUUGCUAUGAACAGGUCUAUCCCCGAUACUCGCUUGGACGAAUGCCGGUUCUGGCACUACCCGCAGAACCUGCCCACCACGUCUGUGAUCAUCGUGUUCCACAACGAAGGCUUCAGCGUGCUCAUGCGCACUGUUCACAGCGUCAUCGACCGUUCGCCCACGCAUGUAUUGCAUGAAAUUGUGUUGGUUGACGACUAUUCAGACAAAGACGAUCUAAAAGAGAAUCUAGACAACUACAUCAAACGAUGGCAUGGCAAAGUGCGGAUAGUACGAAAUUCUGUAAGAGAAGGUCUUAUUCGUACCAGAUCCACCGGCGCCAAGGAAGCAACAGGCGAUGUCAUAGUAUUCCUAGAUGCCCAUUGCGAGGUCAACGUAAACUGGCUGCCUCCUUUACUAGCCCCUAUCUACAGAGAUUAUAGAAUCAUGACAGUACCAGUCAUAGAUGGUAUAGACCAUAGAACUUUCGAAUACAGACCCGUAUACCAACACGGGACAAAUUACAGGGGUAUUUUUGAAUGGGGAAUGCUUUAUAAAGAAAAUGAAGUCCCAGACAGGGAAGCAGUUAAGCAUAAGCACAAAUCCGAGCCCUAUAAGAGUCCGACUCACGCUGGGGGACUUUUCGCUAUAAAUCGGCGGUAUUUCCUCGAAAUCGGAGCGUAUGAUCCUGGACUAUUAGUUUGGGGUGGCGAAAACUUCGAACUUAGUUUCAAAAUCUGGCAAUGCGGGGGUAGUAUCGAAUGGGUGCCCUGCUCGAGGGUGGGGCAUGUAUAUCGAGCGUUCAUGCCUUAUUCGUUCGGUAACUUAGCGAAGAAUCGCAAAGGGUCACUUAUCACUAUCAACUAUAAGCGAGUUAUAGAAACCUGGUUCGAUGAAGAGCACAAGGAAUAUUUCUAUACUAGAGAACCUAUGGCGAGAUUCUUGGAUAUGGGGGAUAUAUCCGAUCAAGUGGCCUUGAAAAACAAGUUGCAAUGCAAAGACUUUGGUUGGUUCAUGGAAAACGUUGCUUACGACGUGUAUGACAAAUUCCCGAAGCUGCCGAAGAAUGUGCACUGGGGUAUGGUGAAAAAUAAAGCUUCUGGGCUAUGUUUGGACACUAUGGGUAAAGCCGCUCCAGCCUAUAUUGGCACGUCUACCUGCCACGGCAAUGGCAAUAACCAGUUGUUCAGGCUGAAUGAAGCGGGGCAGCUGGGGGUGGGCGAGCGAUGUGUGGAGGCAGACGCGGAUAGUGUGAAGCAGGCCAUCUGCAGACUCGGCACUGUGGACGGGCCUUGGAGGUUCGACGACAAUCAUAACCAUUUGAUUCACCGCCUGCACAGUUAUUGCCUCACCCUGCAACCCCACUCGCGGACGUUGGGCCUGGCGCCGUGCGACCCCAACAAUACGUACCAGCAGUGGACUAUCUCACAUAAAAAGCCUAAUUGGUGAAAGUGAUAGUCGACUUGUUAGGCUAAACGGUACAAUUCGGCAAAAAUGUGGCCAAUUUUAUUUUAUACACAAUCUUUUAACUGAACUACUGACAAGUCUGAACUUAUUGCUAUCCAUUUCAUAGUGCUGCUAUAGGAAAAGGAUAGCACUAGAUUUAGAACCGUCCAAUCAUUUCACGCAGUGUGUCCAGCCAAGUUCUAAUAAGACAAGUUUUAGUUUAGUUUGGAGAUUGUGUACAGCAAAAUUAGCCAUAUUAUUGGCGCUUUCGUAGGGUCUGAUGUAAAAUUCAAUUAAAAGACAAUGGACUAAAAUUUAGAGAUCUGGGGACUUUGAUCGGCCGAUAUUUUUGACGGCUUCUUAAAAUUAUUAAAGGGCAGCUUAUAAGGCUAAUUUUUCAAUCGCCAAAUAAUUUAACUUAGAAAUAAAGACACUUUUGAAAUAUCAAAAUUUUAUUCGGUGAUCUAUUUAUACUGAUCGCGUGAACUGGCUUAGUCAAUUUGUACAGCCUUAGACGCUCCGCCCACGUCAGAUUUUUUGUUGGUUCGAUAUUCGGGCUGAUAAUUUUGCCGACUUUUAUCAUAGGCUUUUGUCUUUUUGUUUAGUUUCAUCUUUUGCGGGCAAACAUCGGUCUCCGUUCGUUAGACAACUAAAAAAUUAAGUGUACGGAGCUACGCAGUUCAGCCGAUCUAAGUCAGUGGCCCUGUUUAAAAAGAUAAUUCGUAAAAAAUACUUUAAGACGGUAAAUACGGUCAAACCAAUGCAAUGCGUGAAAUUGUAAUAUCUUGUACGCGGAAAAUCAUUUCAAAAUAAAUAUUUUAAUAUCCACCAAUAUAUAAAACGAUGGAUAUAUAAAAUAAAAAGUUGGUUUGACUUUGCCUUUGAAAAUAAUUAAUAAAAACUGCCCACUUAAUGUUAGGCUUAGAAACAGUAAUAUUUUUAUACUUAUGUAUCUAUAUAAAUAACGGUCAACUUUAUUCAUAUUGAUAAUUCGGUCUUUUCUCCUUUACCUACUUACAUACAUUGUGAAUGGCAUGUUUAAAAAAAAAUUAAUUAUUUAUUAUAUUUUAUUGUUAUAAUUUAUAAAUUGAAUUGAAUUUAUUUUAUUUUAUUAUAAGUUAUUUAUGUAGAUAAUUAUUUUAUUAGAGUUAAUGUGUUUUAAGAGAUUAAAACAGCCACGAAAGACA